CACCCGGGGCCGCGCUGCGCCAGGGCCGGCGCCACGCGGGGGGGAGGCCGAUCCCGGGUAGGGGCAGGCUGGUAGCCCCGGGAGGGCCAUCCAGGAGGCACCGGUCCGGCCCUGGCAGGGGGACCCCGGAGCUCUGGUCCUGGUCCCGGGAGGCUGAUCUAGGGGCACCGGCCCCAUAGUCGGGAGGCUAUUGGGGGGCCCUGGUCCCGGCCCUGGCAGGAGGAGGCGAGCGGGCACCAGCCCCAACCCCGGCACAGGGCUCCCAAGGGGGGCACGUGGCCCAGUCCCGGGAGGGCGAUCCAGGGGGCACCAGUCCCAGCCUUGGCCGGAGGGGUGCAAGGGGGCACCAGUCCCAGCUCCGGGAGUCUGGUCGGUCCCAACCCUGACGGGGGGAUCUGUGGGGGGGAACACUGGUCUUAGUCCCAGGAGGCCAAUCCAGGGGGCACCAGGUUAGUUGGUGGUCAUGUUCCCUGUGGGCUGCCCCGCUGGAGGCGGUGGCUCUCGUUCUCCCAGCAGCCCUUGGCCAUGAGAAUGGGCAGCGCAGGGUCCUCAGGCAGGGAGGAACGGCUGCCAUCGGGUGCGGAGGAACAGCUGAGUGGUGGGGAUCAGACACUGGAGCUGACCGGGCGGCACCUGAAGCGGCUGCCAGGCCCAGUGUGUGCCCUGGGCAGCCUGCAGAAGCUCUACAUCAGUGGCACGGGGUUGCGGGAGCUGCCCGAGGAGAUCGAGGGACUGCGGGAGUUGCGCAUCCUGGCACUGGACUUCAACAAGCUGGAGGAGGUGCCUGAGGCACUAUGCCGCCUGCCCCGUCUCACACGCCUCUACCUGGGCAGCAACCGCCUCUUUGGCCUCCCUGCAGAAUUUGCCCAGCUCCAGACUCUGCGCUGCUUGUGGAUUGAGAACAACUACCUGUACCAUUUCCCUCGGGCCUUGCUCCAGAUGCCUGCACUGCAGUCCUUGCAGAUGGGUGACAAUCGACUCCGAGCGCUGCCGGGCAGCCUGCCACGUAUGACUGGCCUCCGGGGACUCUGGCUAUAUGGGAAUCGCUUUGAGGAGUUCCCACAGCCCCUGCUCCGCAUGUCACAGCUCCAUAUCCUUGACCUAGACCGCAACAAGAUCAUCGAUUUCCCAGACCUGGUCCACCUGAAAGGGUUACGGCUCUUUUCCUAUGACCAUAAUCCAGUUAAAGCACCACCCUGUGUGGCUGACACUGUCACCCUUGUAGGUGAUGGGGCCCAGGAGCUGAUGGAGGCCAGGGAGGAACGUCUCCAGAGCCUGCGGGAGCAGGAUGAGCAGGAUGAGCAGGAGGAGAAUGGCUCAGAAGCCAUGCAGGGCACCCUGAGGAACGACUCCUCUCUGCUAGAGGAUGCUGAAGGCAGUUUCUCUGCCCUGGAAUGCUCCCCAGAAGAAACAUGAGAAUGGGCACUACAACAACAUGGUUGCUGCUCAGAAAAUCUGGUGGACACUGGUGGGCUGGUAGAUCCGCUUCUGCGCUGCAAGGGGUGAGAGUCUGCAUGGACCAUCUCUGGCCUUGAGUAGCCACAGUCUCCCAACUAAGGUCAUGGGUAACUACCAGUCCAGGGAGUCAUUAUCUUCUUGCAUGAGACAGGAAAACCAUGAAUCAAAAGGGUUGCUGUUUCCUUGCUGGGACCACAGACAGCAAAGGGGAGCAUCAUCUAUCUGCAGGAGUUCUGGGCAAUCACUGCACCCCUGAGGCAUCCUGCAUAGCCACAGGAUAUGGGGGUUGGCAGGGUUGAAACCACAAUGCUAUUGUGUUGGAUAAUCCCAUUGGACCAGCUCUGUGGGAGGAUGGUCCCUGUAUGAGAUGGGCAUUGAUAAGAGCUGGCCUUCUCAGAACAGCCAGCCUGUGGUAGAAGCCUGGAAUUGAAAGGACUUUAAUGUGACAAUCUGUGGCUGUUUGGUUAGGUAUCUGUGAGUGAUCCCUGCUCCUAGCCAUCCAGCCCAUUGCCACGGGACUCAGAUGCAAGACAGGAAAAAGCCAUGCUGUUUGAUCUGGUGGGUUUUUUUAAUUCCCUUGGACUCCACACCCUGGAGUGCUACAGGGUUCAAGUAUGAACAGAAAAACUUCUCACAUCCUAGAGAUUCCUAUUCUCCUACUGGAAUUAGACUCAGAGAGAAACGUCUCCCAAGCUGCUCCUUCGAGCUGUCAGCUUUGAAAAGAAGCUGACAGGAAAGCCUUGUUUGUGCGCAGCGCUCCCUCUCUGGCCUGGAAAGGGUUUUUGCCUCCGCUCUUUGUAUGGUGGGAAAAGGAGCCCUGUGCGCUGCUUUGCAGGCUGCCUGGACUUUCCAUUCCCUUAAAUGGGCACAGAAGCAAAAGCUGGUAUGAACUGGGCCACCAGGACUGUGUGCGUCUGGGGCAUUGGGGUGGCAGCAGCAGGACUCUCUCUGCUUUCCUCCUGGGGGUGGCAGGCUCGUUCUCCCAGUCCCCCUGGGAGCUAGAUUUGUACCAAAUCUAAGCAAUAAAAAGUAGAAAACUGAGAAAAUCUGGUAGUGAGAGAAAGAGGCUCCCAGGCUGAUUCUCAGGGAGGCUGCUUCGGGAGGCUGCUGCCAGGAUGGUUUAUUUGGAAAGAGUAUGUAAACAGAAUCAUAUGGCCUGGGGAAAGGGAACUGGGUUCUCAAGCAUCUGUGUUAUUUUUAACAUUUUGGGGAAUCCUGUUUCCUCUCUCUAUCCGUCUCUGAACUGUACUGUCUUCUCUGCACUCUUUCUCGCUCUACUUCAUCCCUCCCCCUGCUGCUAUCAUCUGUGACUCCCUCUGCAGUGCUGCUCCUCCCUCACUUGGAGCUAGGUCCAUUCUCCUUCCCUCCUUUCCAUAUCUCUCUUUGAGCUCCCCUCCACAGCUCUCUCUCUCCAUCUCUUCCCCUCCACACUUCCCUGGGCUGUGUUCAAUAUCAGCCCAGCUUCAAUCUCAGUAACAUUAUUGGCACGGCAAAGUAUACCAGUGUUGCCAAAGUUAAUACACUUGUCAAAUCUCUGUGCCUUGGUCAGGGUUUUAGAGGAGUAACUGGGUUUUAUACCACGUGGCCACUAUGAUCUAUUGUGAAUUUGCUGGCUAGGGGCCAGGUAGCAUUAAGACAUUUCCACUGUCUUUUUCCUUUCACUCAAAGUUAUGUCAUUUUUCUUCUUUGCUUUGCCGCAAAGAGUCUUGCUAUUUCUGAUCACUUGGAAAAGUCUCCUCCUCUUCUUUUGGAUCUCAUGCAGCACAAUAAAAAGUGCCUGACAGUUUCAGUCUCUCCUGUCACUGUGGGGUACAAAAUUGCCCAUCCCUGGGUUUCUAGUGGAAAGUGUCCUGGCUUCCGUUUUUGCUUUGGGAUCACUGCUUCAAUACUUGGUGAGAGCACAGCUCUGUUUUACACAUUGUCCUGUAGACAGGGGGUCUGCUAGUGUUAAAGGAGCUAGAGCAAUCCAGCUGCUUGUGUUGAUGAUGUACUCUAAUCCCAGUAGCCAACACACUUUUCUUUUUUGGGGGCUUCAUGUAGUGUCUGGAAGAAGGUGGGAAGAUACUGCCUGUGUAGAAGUGGAGGGUGAUUUUAGCAGUGGUUAUGAUGUCCCUUCCAGUGCAACCUGUGUGCCAGUUGCUGUACUCCACACUCCCCACCCAUAAAGGUCUAGCAAUAGCUUUAUCUGUGGGAUGAAGGUAGCCAGAGGAUUUUAAAGAUCUGUAGCACAUCCUGUAGCCAGUUGGGCCCUUCCUGCUGCAUGACUGUGAGGCCAAGGUGUGGCUCAUUCAGGUGGGUUCUGCUGGUGUCUGCAGAGUAACAUUUUAAUUUGCUUUGGGGCUUUAAGCCUGUGAUUUUUUGGUCUUUUCUAGGCUGAACUGACGGGGCCUGUGUGCUGCUGUAGCAGGUGUCUCUGUAGCAGGUUCAGGUGCCUUGGGUGGGGAUUAAUCUGCCCAGUACUGAUAACAGGAAUAGUAUGACUCGUGUCUCUCAGAACUGCUCUGUCCCUCUCUGUGUCAUUUUUGCUCCGGGGGCUGAAUUGGUCUGUGUGACUAGGGGAGGCCCAAACUGCAUGGUCUCGGUCCCGGAGCUGGCCCACCUGCACCUGAAAACUACGUCCUCCCUCUCUGUUCUGUCUGAGCCGUGGGGUCUCUCGUUCUGAGCCGUGCUCCCUCUGUCUCUCUUUCAGUGGUGUCCUCGCUCGCUCACUCCCACCUAUUUGAAAAGCCCUUGUGGCACCUGAGGAUGUGCCAUCCCAGCCGCAUACCUGUGGUCAUGAGUAGAGAGUCUGGAAGGACAGGACAGGCUUGGGCGGACAUGGGCGGUGAGAGAGGCUGACUCAAGCUGCUGUUUUAAAAAUGGAUUCUAAUUGUGCUAUCGAAAUGAUGGCGGGUGGAGGGGAAGACAAUGACUCCUGACAGUUACAGCCCUUAGUGCUUCCCUGGCCCUUGUAUUUCAAAGGACUGUACUGAUCUGAGCUCCAGAGUUCUCCUGCCUCUUCCCCCCCUCCCCCACUGUGAGUUAGGGGUGUAUUGCAUGUUAUCCCCGUAGCACUCCGCAGUGAUCUCCCUUCUAAGCCCACUACUACUGCCUGCCCUAGCUAGCUCUGUGCACUGGGGCAUGCCUGCCUGAGGCUUAGCACACACAUGGGUCUAUUAAGCUGGGUACACUGAGGCUAAACUCCUGCCUGGGAAGGGCCUUUUAUUGCUGAUUGUCCAGACUCCGAUGAAAUUGGUGGUGGGGAUUCCUGUACCUCUCAGAGUUGUUUUGUUUACUGAGAUCAGCAAUGUUGCUUGACUGGAGUUGUUAAUUCAUUCCCCUCUUCCUCCUGUUUCCAGUCAUUUCUCUGCUCUCUUUCUCUUGAUCAGCUUCAAGUGGUUUUAUUAGACUUCUUAAGGGAACAAUUUCAAAUGAUUUCCUUUGCUGUUUCUUAUAGCAACAUCCGGAGUCAGCAAGAGGCUGCCAGGUCGGGGGAGGGGAUUGAGACACGAGUUACCUUCCUCCCCCUCUGCCAGAUGGGGACACUGGACUGGCGGCAGCUGCUGAGUCAGCCCAGGAAUCUUGUGUAUGUGUAUCAAGAAUGCAGGUACCCAUAGGAACAUUGCUUGUGCUAAGGGCUGACUCGCCCUGAUUAUCUUAAUCCUCAGCCUUACUGAGCAUGAAGUCUAAAUCCUACUGCCCAUUUGUGAUGGUGAAGUGAAUUUCUGCUGUUCUGCUCCAGCCAGGAGGAGGGAAGGUCUUCAGCCUUCCAAAGACCGGAUCAGAGCAGUGAGUCUAUCUCAUCUGGUAUUUCACCUCCUUGAGGCAUCAGAGCAGAUCAGUGAUCAGCUGGGCCAAUCUCUCCUCCUUGUUAUAGUAUAAUAGAUCUGUGGUCUGUCUAGUCUGGUAUCCUGCCCCUGGCAGUAGCCAGUAUGCUCCUCCGCAUGUUAAAUCUAAUUGUGCAAUAUCAUAGCAAGGCGGUAGGGGGUGAUAAUGUUUCCUGAUCCCAGACGGUGAUCAGCUUUCACUGAAGCAUAAGAACCUGUGGAUCUCACUGAGCUCUUUUCCCCCAUAACAUCAUGCAGCAGUGAGUUUCACAAGUUACUUGUUGGAACAGCCAAAGACUGUUUUUGUGGAACAGUCCAAAGACUUCAGACCAAAGGUUUAAAUUUUUUAUUUUAAAAACAGUCAGAAUUGCAAGACGUUUUAACUAGAGCUGGUCAAAAAAUGUUCAAAUGAGACAGUUUUCUCAAAACUUUCUGCAGGAGCAUAGGGAUUUUGACAAAAUGUUGUUAAGAAAUAAAAAUAGAAUUGAAGUGUUUCGUCAAAGUGAAAGUCAAAGUGGAAUGUUUUGACCUUAUUGAAAUGGAACAUUUUGAUUUUUCAUUUUGAAAUGACUUUAUUUGGAAAUUUAUUUUGUAUUAUAUCAUAAACAUAUAAACUUUUUCAAAAGUCAAAAUCUGAACGAAAUGUUUUGUUUGACCUGCAACUAAAUUUUUUUGAAAAUUUUAUUUCACUGGAAAUUUCACAUUGUUUUGUUUUUCAUGUUGGUGUGGCGCAAAACCAAAUUUUGAAAUGUUGGAAUUUCCUGCAGAAUAAAAAGGCUGCGUUUCAGCCAGCUCCAAUUGUAACCAAUAAGACUGCAGUAUGUAAAUGAACUAAAGUCAAGUGCACUGAGGGUUACCAAAUGUUUGUGAGUUGUGAAGUUCCAGAAUUAUGUCGAGAUCUGGGAGGCCUCUGUCUAGGGUUUCAUCCGCUGUUGGCUUUGUUGUCUAUGUAUCAGGUAUGACACAGCUAUGCUGCCCGGUAUCAUAAGUUCACAUUCCAGCUGGGUUGACUUAACCUUUUUUCUGAGAGAGAGAAACUGAGCACCAGGCAUUAAUCGGAGUGGUCCGGUCUGCUCUGUAUGGACAUUAAGGCUCCCAGGCACUUUUAUAAAAUUAGGAUUUUCCCCUGCUCUCUGGUGUUCUAGCACAGUGGUUCUCAACUAGGGGUACGUGUAUCCCCUGGGCGUACACAGAGGUCUUCUGGGGGUACAUCAGCUUAUCUAGUUAUUUGCCUAGUUUUAUAACAGGCUACAUAAAAAGCACUAGCAAAGUCAGUGCAAACUAAAAUUUCAUACAUCUCGUUUAUACUGCUCUAUAUACUAUACACUGAAAUAUAAGAACAAUAUUUAUAUUCCAAUUGAUUUAUUUUAUAAUUAUAUGGUAAAAAUGAGAAAGUCAGCAAUUUUUCAGUAAUAUGCUGUGACACUUUUGUAUGUUUAUGUUUGAUUUUGUAAGCAAGUAGUGUGAGGUGAAACUUGGGAGUAUGCAAGACAAAUCCCAUUCCUGAAAGGGGUGCAGUCACUGUUCUAGAGUGUGCUAUAUCCUGGCUGGAUCCCAUCUUUCAGAGGUGCUAUCUGAAUGGUUUAUAGCAGGGGAAUUUUUUGGUCAAGGUAUAGUCAAGGUCCGGACUCCAGAGAAACAUUUUUCACACCUCAGUAACAAUAAUGAUAAUUAAAUAAAAAGAUUUCAUGGUCUGUUCAAAAGCCUCUGGCAGUCUGGAUUUGGCUCACGGUCUGCCUAUUGACUACCCCGGUUCAUAAUGUCUGAAGUGCUUUGGUUUUGAAGACACUAUAGUAAUACAAGAUAGUGGCAUUCACACCUCUAUGUACGAAUGAGACAACCUGCAUGUAUAGAGAGUGGCAUGUAUGCACACCACUGCUUUCUACUGAAUAAAAUCAGAAAUGGUUUUCUAUAUGUCAGAGGCACUCUACUGCUGAUAUCUAAGGGAGAUUCCCCUUUAGCUCAAGGAGCAGGCAUCUAUGCUUUUUGAAGCAGGAGAUCUGAGUUCUAACUGCUCUAUCACUUUGAAGGUCUGAUUGGACCCCGUGUGCAACAUAAUGACAAACACAAAGUUCAUAGAUGGCCACAUUUUUGUUGCAGUCCCAUAGAAAGGCAUUUGGAUGCUGAAAUAACACAAUUUCCCCUCCUUCUUGCCCUACUUUUUUGUAGGGACGAUUACUUCUGCUGCUCCCCAGGUCUUCUGCCUGGCUGCCCUGUGCUACCACCAUGAGUCUGACUUCCCCAGGCUCCCUCCGUCUGGCUGCCAGCGUUGUGCUUCCCUUGUGGCAUUAGACUGCCUAUUUUUCAUUCCCUUGGAGGUGUGACAAAGUUCCUCCUCUACCUUGGUGGGUCCUGCGCUUAUUUGGCAGAUUUGCUCACCUCAGUGAUCUUCCCCACAGUCUGGGUCAACUCCUGUGUCUGAUCAGGAAUUGGGAGGUUUGGGGGGAACCCGGGCCCGCCCUCUACUCUGGGUUCCAGCCCAGGGCCCUGUGGAUUGCAGCUGUCUAUAGUGCCUCCUGUAACAGCUGCAUGACAGCUACAACUCCCUGGGCUACUUCCCCAUGGCCUCCUCCAAAUACCUUCUUUACCCUCACCACAGAACCUUCCUCCUGGUGUCUGAUAACGCUUGUACUCCUUAGUCCUCCAGCAGCUCUCCCUCUCCCUCUCCCUCUCCCUCUCCCUCUUCUUCUCCCUCUCAGCUCCUUGCACCUCUUGCUCCCAGCUCCUCACACACACUUCCUCUCCUCUGGCUCCCCCUCGCCUGACUGGAGUGAGCUCCUUUUUAAACACAGGUGCCCUGAUUAGCCUGCCUUGAUUGGCUGCAGGUGUUCUAAUCAGCCUGUCUGCCUUAAUUGGUUCUAGCAGGUUCCUGAUUACUCUAGUGCAGACCCUGCUCUGGUCACUCAGGGAACAGAAAACUGCUCAUCCAGUGCCCAGUAUAUUUGCCCUCUACCAGACUCCUGUACCCCACUGGUUUGGAUCUGUCACAGAGGGCAUUAGCUGGAGGGAGUCGAGAGAGGUUCCACAAAAGCAAUGGGAUCCAAUCUGGGAGGCCGGUUUCAGGCACAACAAUUGCUUCUGCACAGGGAUCAGGAUUGGGCCUGCAUUCCAGGAGAGCAUUUGCAGGUCUGGUCAUGAGCUAAUCUGACGCUGCAGGAAUACAAGUGAGACUUCACAGCCCUAGCACUGUAUGCAAAUAGCUUCGGCACGUGUGCAUCUUUGGGUCACAGUAUAGAGAAUAGGAUUUGUAUGUAUGUAAGUGGCAUAUUCUCCGAUAUCCAGCGUGCACUGCUUUGUGUCUUGUUUUAAUCACAGUUGUUCGGAGCAUGCUUCUGUUUCCAUCUGCUCCUGCUAACUGCAAACAUAAGGCAGCCUAGGAGAGAGGAAGUCUCUCUUUAGAAGGGCAUGAUUCUGAAAGGUUCAGGGUAAACAAAACUAGCAGGUUCAUUGCAAAAGGGAUUAGCACAUUUUGUUACCUCUCCCUUCAGAGACCCUUCGAUGUACAAUGUCUGCUGGAAGAGAAAUAUGAAUCAGUCGCAUUGACUGUGGCAAGUGGGUUCGUAUGACCAUUCUGCUCUUUACACUGCAAUGAUCCAAGCAUACACAAGCCCUGAUUCUCAGAAGGUAUCAGCUGGUCUAGUUCCAUUGACAUCAAUGCAGCUACACCAAUUUACCCUAGCUGAUGUUCUGGCUCGCAACGUAUACUGAGAAGUCUCGAUGUCUUAGGGCAAUGAUCCCCCUACGCCCAGUGGUCAUAGGAGGCAAUAUACAAAUCCCUAACUUUCUUGGGUUUCAAUCUUGGGCCAUAUUUGGUACUCUGGCUUCUGAGGUAGAGGUGUUUGUGCUGUUCUAGUAGUGAUAUUGGUGUGGCUGGCACCGUGCGCAUUGUCAUAGCGAUUCACAAAUUGUAUGUGCAAUAGGAGAUGCAAGGUUUGGGAACACUGGCCGAGGGCUUUUUAUCUGCAUCUGGUUCGCUCACGUAGAAUAGGGAUCUUCUUAGCUGGUUUGGAGUGCUGCUAUUUCAGCCAUUUCUGCGUGCUGAGAAAAGGGGUUGGCACAUGGACUGGUGAUUUGAAGUGUGAUUCCACUCUGAAAAGUGAGUCUGUAAAAAACGCAGGGGGUUGCUCAGCAGAUCUACUCCCUGAGUGUUUUCAGAGUCCCAGCACAUUUUGGGUACUUGAAAAUAUUUAAUAAUAUCUGGUUGCUUUAUUGAGAAAAAUACAUUUUGGCUGUUUUUCACACUGCUUAGCCCUGCGGUGCGAACACAGCUCCAGGAGAGUGAGCUGGAUUUGAUUCCUUCUGCACUGACACCAUCAGCAGAAUUGUGUACUCAGGGUCUGUCUGCACCGCAGUUAGGGGUGUGAUUGCAGCACGUAUAGACAUACCCAAGCUAAGUUUAUGGAGCUAGAUCAAAGUUAGCUCGAGUAACCAUAGCAGUGAAUCUGCAGCAGAAUGGACGGCAGCUGCUUGAGUGUGUACCCAGGGUCCUGGGCAGGUGGGCCUAGCCCAGGCAGAUGCUUGUGCUGCUGUAGUUUUACUGUUCUUGUAACUGGAACUAGAUCAAAUCUCACUCAGGUCUGUCUUCACAUGCUACAGUCAUAUCUCCUGAUUCCAGUGUAGCCAUGCCAUAGUUCCAGUCAUUUACACAUGUGCAACCCCAGUGAAGCCAAAGGGGUUUCACCAGUUUUGCUGAGGACAUAAUCUGAAGAUGGGGGCUGCAGAGAUGUCAACAAAGGUCUAAGUUGGCCUGCAGUAACUCUCUAGCUAGUGAUGAUGUAGAAGAAGGAAAGAAUUAAAUUUAGUUUUCAGAACCUAGAGUGAGUUUUAAUGGCUGGCUUCUUUUUACUUGUAUACUAAGCACAUUUGACCUGGAAACAUUGAGAGGCAACAGAUGUAGAACGUCACGGUGACAUUUCUAUAGUGUCUCUUUUCAGAGUAGAAUCACACUUUAAAGUCAGUAAGUGAAUUCCGAUAAAGGUUGAGGAACCUUUGCCAUCAACCUUGGCUUUGACCAGUAUACGUUCUGUCCUUUGGACUGGUUCCUUAGCCAGACUGUUGCUUUGUCGAUAAAACAGAUUAACUGUGCUGUUUACAAUCUCUUGCACUGGCAAAGUUUGCAGAUUCCUCUGAGAAAUAACAAAGGCCAUUGUCUAAGAUAAUCUUUUCAGGGAUUCUGUGUCUAGUGAGUAUGGCCCUUGGUUUGUGGUACUUUCAGUUGUGUUCAGGAUUUCCAGUUCCAAGAAGUUAGUUUAAUAGUGCACAACACGCAUAUCGAGUCUGUUGUUCCACACAAGGAAACAAACAACUGUCAAUGGUCUGCCAUGGUCUUGUUGGCAUUCCAUGAGGUAUCAUUGGUUCACUUGUAUUUUUCAUAUAUCUUAAAGCAUAUUGGACAAGCUGGUCAACUUGCUGAUGUAUCAAACUAAAGGAAUAGGUCAGUUUCUUUGCUCACCUUUCUGCAUGCCCAUUAGCCAGCGGUUUUGGGCCUACUACAGGAGUGGGUGGGUGAGGAUCUGUGGCCUGCACUAUGCACGUGGUUAGCUUAGAUGAUUGUGAUGGUACCUUCUGGACUUAAGUCUCUGAGUCUAUGAACCCAGUUGGAGAGCUUCUCAGUGCACAUGGAACACCUGUUCUGGCCAAAUGACCAUCUCAGUGGAUUGCCACCCUUGGGCUCAUGCUGCUAGCAUGAGACAAAGCCAGAACUGCCUGAGCUCGGAAGUGUUGAGAUGUGGCCAACUCCUGCCGUCCCCUCCUGCAGCGUACGGUUGGCUCCUGAGUGUUUCAUGGCCAGUUCUUUUCAGACGGCCUUCGGUGACGGGGCUGCCUGGGGACUUGCCAGCUCUGGCGGUGUUCGUCCUGUCUUUUGUUGCCACUUCAGCAGCGUUGUGCUAGUUUAGCCAUAUAUCUUUCAUUGGUUCCUUGAGUAGUCUUUCUUUCUUUCUUUAACUGGAUGUUCAAGGCCAUGACCAUUGGUGGUGGUGCUAUCAGAACUUUGAUUCCUGUGCUACUGCUCCUUCCAGAGUGCUUAGGCAAAGACUGACUGGCUGCCUGGUGCCCUCAGAGCCUUGGGCCUAUCUCCUCUACAGAGCAUCCUUCUGUGGGUGCAGCAAUGAGACACUUCUCUGAACUCAUUGCAGCUCUUUGGCACCGAGAUU